CACGGAACAGUUCGUGAGAUGUCUCCACUCUAGUGGGAUGAUACACGCUGUAUGGUUUCAGCAGCAUGGGACCCAUACGGUUGAAAUAUAUUUUACUUAUGUUCAUUUUCUCCCAUCAUAUUGACUUGACAAUCUCUGCCACAACCAAUGACAAGCUUCUGGUGGCUGCUGGGAUUGUGACAGCUGCACUGAUGUCAUCAUCCUACGGAUAUUAUUCUUGGACACCCAGUGUAAUAGCUCUUUUAACCGCAAUCCUCCUCCUCACACUGAUACCAACCCAAUCCGACGCAGACGCUAACGGAGUGGUCGGUGCCGUCAUACAAGGGUCAAGGGUCACUUCUUCAGACCCCUGGCUCACGGAUUCUGGACAGCCUCUCCCAUACAUCACCAGCAUCCAAGGCAUAGCGAACGUUGCAGGUCAAACUAAACUUUUGGCAUUGAAUACCGGGUUGUGGCAGCCUUUUAAUCCCGCAGGCACUUCGUUUCAAAAUGCUGUUUGUGAAAUAUAGUAAUCAAAUUAUGUAAUUACCACUCUAUGAAUAUUCGAUUUAUACGGAACACAUGAUCGCAUUUUAGCAAAAACAAAAUUUGAUAAAAUUUCAAACACUAUGUGUACCUUGUCUUUCUAUCCAUAGUAUGUUAUACUGGAUAAUACACGGGAAGCAUUU